AUGCGUGUUUCUGGUCUGCUUCCUGCCUUGCUGGCGGCUUUGCCGGCUGCCGCUACCAGCAAUGACGGCCGUGGUCUGCUGGGUCUGGCUUUGGGUAACCAGAACGCCGAUGGGAGCUGCAAGGCAACCUCCGACUACAAGGCCGACUUUGACGCUAUCAAGAGUGUGACGACGCUUGUCCGCACCUACUCCGCUAGCAACUGCGACACUGCUAAGAAUAUCAUUCCUGCUGCGAAGGAGAAGGGAUUCAAGGUUGUGCUCGGUGUCUGGCCCGACUAUGACCAAUCUUUCAACGAAGACUUCAACGCCCUCAAGUCUACCGUUCACGGAAACGAGGAUGUCGUUCGUGCGAUCACCGUUGGUUCCGAGGUUCUCUACCGUGGUGGCUUGACUGCCGAACAACUCUUGAACCGCAUCCAACAAGUCCAGAAGGAGUUCCCCGACCUGAGCGUUGGAUUCGUUGAAAGCUGGAACAAGCUCAAUGACGGCUCUGCUGACCCUAUUCUCCAGGGUGGAGUGAACUAUGUCCUCGCCAACGGCUUUGCCUACUGGCAGAACACCCCCAUUGACAGCGCUCCCAAAACCUAUUUUGAUGAUAUGUCGCAAGCCAUGAAGCAUGUUCAGCAGGCUGCUGGUGACAACGCGAAGAACAUCCGCUUUGGUAACGGCGAAACUGGCUGGCCUACUGAUGGCGGUUCGGACUACGGUGAUGCCAAGGCCGGUACCAAGAACGCUGAGCAGUACUGGAAGCAAGGUGUCUGCGGCAUGCUCGCCUGGGGUGUGGAUGUGUUCUACUUUGAGGCUUUCGACGAGUCAUGGAAACCCUUGAGCAAGGGUGACAACGGCCAGAUGAUGGACGAGACUCACUGGGGUCUGUUCACUGCGGACCGCAAGCUCAAGUUUGACAUUUCGUGCCCGAAGAACUAA